GCUAGCUUGUAUUUAAAGCGAAAAAAUCCAGAUCACCAUUCAUUCUGCUGUUAGGAAACAAGUAAGACUUUCUACUGGCAUUAGAUCACACGUUUUCCAGUGACCAGAAACUUACAUCUAACAUGCUCCAAUGCCUCAUAGCUCUUUUGCUCCCCCUGGUGGUGAACUCACACCCCGUCGGUCGAAGUCUGCUGCCCUUGGACUGUGAGGACAUCUACCAAAAUGGGUCAGUGCAUAACGGGGUUUACACCAUCUACCCGACAACAGCCGACAAGCCUGUGGAGGUGUACUGUGACAUGGGGUGUACAGAGGACGAGAACCACGAGGACGGGCAGUGGACGGUGAUCCAAAGAAGAAUGGAUGGCACUGUAAACUUCUACCGGCCCUGGAAUCACUACAAGAGGGGCUUUGGGAACAAGAACGGCGAGUACUGGCUCGGUCUGGAGAAUAUUUUCAGACUCACCUGGAGAGGUAAGUACGAGCUGCGGGUGGACAUGGAGGACUGGGAGAGAGGCAGCGUCUACGCCCACUAUCCGGCCUUCUCCAUCGACUCGGAAGAUGAGGGCUACACACUUCGCUUGAGCGGAUACGUCGAUGGUGGAGCGGGUGAUUCUCUGCAACGAGUGAAUGGGAUGAAGUUCUCAACCCACGACAAAGAUCAAGACAUUUCUGGCAACAACUGUGCAGAGAUGUACCAUGGUGGCUUUUGGUAUAACAACUGCCAUUACGCUAACCCUAAUGGGUUGUACAAAGGGAAGGGACGAGUGGCAAGCUAUACAGGAAUCAUGUGGUACCACUGGAAAGGCAUUUAUUACUCUCUGAAGUCCAUCACGAUGAAAAUCAAGAGGGUGUCUUUGUCCGUGGAGUGAUUUGUAAUCUCUCUCCCUCUCUCAGACCUCAUUCUUACAUAUUACAUACAUUAAGAUAGAAUCAGUAAUUGCUCCCUUGUUUGACCAUGUAUCUUCGUCUCAAUCUAGUGAGACAAAAAACAUUUGCCAUUCUCAUCAUCUUGAGCUCAAAACUGAAUUUUAUUAGUCAGCUGAUUUUUUUAAACUUUAAAAUUAGCUUCAGAACAUAUUUGUUGCGACGUCUUUUUCUUGAUUACAAAAAACAUUACCAUUAAUAAUGAUGAUAAUAGUAAUAAUAAAAUAAUAAUAAUAAUCCUUUAAGUUGUUUAAUUGUUGUUAUCAUUAUUAGUAUAACACUAUUUCCCAGUUGUCAGCUGGUUAAGUUAACUUAGGACCAUCUUAAACGGUUUGAAAGGCAGAGUUUCAUUGCAUGAUUUGCAUGCAUUUGCAAAUAAAUAGCAGUCAACUGGUUGUGGAGGAGUUGAACAUCAGCCGGUAGUGGUACAGCCGUGGUGCAAUGGUUAGGGCUUCGGGCUUGUAACCGGAGGGGGACCAGUCCACCACGGCUAUGGUGCCCUUGAGCAAGGCAUCUAACCCCUCACUGCUACCCGAGCGCCGCUGGUAGGCAGCUCACUGCUCUGGGUUGUGUGAUUCACUUCACUGUGUGUUCGCUGUGUGUUCACUAAUUCGGUUAAAUGCAGAGAGCUGAAUUUCCCUCACAGGAUCAAAAAAGUAUUCUAUUCUAUUCUACAGCUCUGGGUUGCUUUGGAUAAAAGCAACUGCUAAAUAUCUAACAAUUAUUAAACGUUAUUAUCUAACAAUUAACAAACGUUAUUAUCUCGGUGACGUCAAGAACAUUUGUUAUGUUACGUAAAGAAGAAAUAGCGGUGCAGCUUUGCUUCUUCGCCAGCUGAUAAACACACUAGCAACGGGUUAAGAGAUCUAAAUAGCAAAGGUUAAACUUUGCCGUAAUAACUAUAGCCCGUAUUAGCCUGGGUUUUCCCAUACUGCCUUGCGCGGUGAUUUCAAUCCCGCUGCUAAGCCAGUCUGGAAACUAACGCCCAAAUGUUCGCCUGAUGUUGGCGAACCAAUCACAGAACAUCCGAGAAGUUUCCGUUGCCCUCUUGCGUCUACAUUCGACGCCAAAGGAUUUACGGCAGCCCUUAGCGUUGCAUACGAACGAGUUGGGUGAGCUAUGCGCAUUUGAUAGACAUCCGUGGCGCCCAAUGAACGGAUCUGGGCAUUUUUUCAAAUACGAGAAAAUGAACGUCUGGUUGCCAGACCACGUCUCAUUUGAGAAGUGGGAGGCGUUAGCCAGGCUAAGCCCGUAUAGCAAUAGGUACUAAACUCACGUUCAUGUUCCUGAGACACAAACCUGUGAAAUUCAUUACCUAUUUACCAUCGAUUAUCUUUCCACUCGAGUGAAUGUGUGCAAAAACCAUCAGAGGCUUCUCUCCCUCACUCUCUAGAAACCAAUCACAAGAACGUUAUUAAAGAGAAACUAUGCAGGAUUGGCGAUUUCAUCUUAAGUUUCGGCUUCGUUUUUCAUUUUCCCUCGUUUUAUGCUUGCAUAUUUCUCUGCAGAGCUUCCCCGACAGCUUUAGCGUGUAUCAUAUACAUAUAUAGGCUAAAUAUAUAAAUUGCAAGUGUGGUUCUUCUUGUUCUUUAUGCGUCAAUAGCGGAUAGGGACACUGGGGGCGGGAGGAAAUAUUACUGUUUUCGAUAAAACUGGUCAGUCAAGCAAAACAACGAUUUCUAAGCGAUUUUAUGACUAUGAAAAAGUUGCAUAGGGUCUCUUUAAAACCUGUUUUUCUGUUAAUUUAUGUUUGUUCAUUUGUUUGUUUGCCAACUGUAUUAAAUCAAAGAAAUAACAUGAACACAUACACUAAGGCCAGCAGGUGUAUUGAUGAAGGUGAUGAUGAACACAUACAGUAAGGCCAGCAGGUGUAUUGAUGAAGGUGAACUGGUGAACACAUACAGUAAGGCCAGCAGGUGUAUUGAUGAAGGUGAACUGGUGAACACAUACACUAAGGCCAGCAGGUGUAUUGAUGAAGGUGAUGAUGAACACAUACAGUAAGGCCAGCAGGUGUAUUGAUGAACAGGUGAACACAUACAGUAAGGCCAGCAGGUGUAUUGAUGAAGGUGAACAGAUGAACACAUACAGUAAGGCCAGCAGGUGUAUUGAUGAAUAGGUGAACACAUACAGUAAGGCCAGCAGGUGUAUUGAUGAAGGUGAACAGAUGAACACAUACAGUAAGGCCAGCAGGUGUAUUGAUGAAUAGGUGAACACAUACAGUAAGGCCAGCAGGUGUAUUGAUGAAGGUGAACAGAUGAACACAUACAGUAAGGCCAGCAGGUGUAUUGAUGAAUAGGUGAACACAUACAGUAAGGCCAGCAGGUGUAUUGAUGAAGGUGAACUGGUGAACACAUACAGUAAGGCCAGCAGGUGUAUUGAUGAAGGUGAACAGAUGAACACAUACAGUAAGGCCAGCAGGUGUAUUGAUGAAUAGGUGAACACAUACAGUAAGGCCAGCAGGUGUAUUGAUGAACAGGUGAACAGAUGAACACAUAAGGCCAGCAGGUGUAUUGAUGAAGGAGCUACUGUGUCUGUCUGUCUGUCUUUCCUGCACCGGUUCCAGAACUGCAGUCCCACCUAGUGAAAAGAUAAUUAUGCACGUUUAUCUACCGGGUACACUGUGUUUGUGUGUGUGUGUGUGUGUGUGUGUGUGUGUGUGUGUACUGUAUGUGUGUGUGUGUGUGUGUACUGUAUGUGUGUGUGUGUGUGUGUACUGUGUGUGUGUGUGUGUGUGUGUGUGUGUGUGUGUGUGUGUUGAUAUUGCCACCCACUCUGUGCUACAGUAAAUGCGCACUGUUCUUAGUACAAUAACAAUACAUACAAAAUAUCACAAAAUUAAGACAAUACUCUCGUAGCAAAUUAGGUUCCAUUCAGUACACAGUUCACCAACUCAGAAUGUACCCCACGUGUUCUGCAGAAGAUCACUGUCCUACAGUAUAGUGUGCAUUCAUUUAUAACAAUCUGACUGCACUGUCGUACCACCCUUAGCCAAUAAUAAUUAGGUACCUCCUAAUCACGUGAACCAAUCAGUGAGCUCCAAUGUUGUCAGUCAAUCAAUAUGUAUGACUGCUCAGCCAAUCAACAUUCUCCAACCCAGCUCUGCGAUAAUAGUGGGAGGCCUACGGAGUGAUGUUUUUUUGGCUGCCAAUAGGGAGCCAUCUUGUGGUUCAUAUGUUAUCUUGCAGUUCUUUUGACAGUUUUGUAUCGUGCUCUAAUGGUAUAAACGAUUAUUUUUUAAACGAUUAAUCUAGCGAUUAUUUUUUCGAUGCAUCGAUUAAUCUAACGAUUCAUUUUUUCAGUUCGAUUCGAUUUCGAUUCGAUUCGAUUAUCGAUUAUCUCCCCACUAAUUGACUAAUUGCAAUAUAUACAUGUUGAUUUACAUAUCUGAAUGAAAUAAAACAUUGCAAUGUA